ACAGCUCAGAUCUGUUUCUUCUCUAGCUUGGGAAGCAGGAGCUGCAGCAGCCAGGAGGAAUCUCUAACAAACGUUGUUUGAUACCGGCCAACAUGGAGGAAGCAGUAGCGGCAAUUACCUGCGAACAGGACUAAUCCACUGGCUUCCGCUCCAGCCAUCCAGCUGUGUACUAGAAGGGAGGGAAGCUUGAUCCUUCACCCGUGGAGUCACAUCUGUCCGUCUACACGCCCGACAGCAGGAGUAGGGGGUUAUUUUCCCCUUCUGGCUGCCUGCAUCUAGGCUAAGAGGCAAAGGAGGGUGGGGAGCUCGCCUGUGAGGAGCCUCCCUGAGCCAUGGGCAACGAAGCGAGUUUGGAAGGGGAAGGUCUCCCUGAAGGGCUGACAGCUGCUGCUGCGGCGGCGGCAGCAGCAGCCGGAGAAGGGGACGGCGGGGCGGGGAGCACCUUACACACCAUGAUCCCGGCCGGCAUGGAGGCGGAUCUGAGCCAGCUGAGCGAGGAGGAGAGGAGACAGAUCGCUGCUGUCAUGUCAAGGGCGCAGGGUCUGCCCAAAGGAAACGUCCCCCCCGCCGCAGCGGAACCACCUUCUAUGCAAAGGAAACCAGAGUUUGAUACCAGUCAUCAUCCAAAGCAACCAGGGAAACCUCCAGAUCCUGGGCGUCCUGGACAACCCACCCUCAGUAAAAGUAGAACAACAGACACUUUGAGAACUGAGCAGAAAUCCCCUGGAAGGAGCCCUUCUACCACUAGCCUGAGAGAAUCGAAAUCUCGAAUGGAUUUUAAAGAAGAACAAAAGUCAAGCAUCAUGCCUAGUUUUCUCACAGAUUCCAACCCAUUAAGUGCUGUCUCGUCUGUUGUAAAUAAAUUUAACCCUUUUGAUUUGAUAUCAGACUCUGAUGUAUCCCAGGAAGAAGCCACUAGGAAACAAAAAGCUGCUCAGAAGGAACAGGGGAAACCUGAGGGAAUCACAAAGUCUGCGUCUCAACAGCAGUCCCCUAAACGAAUUACAAAGCUGCAAGGGCCUCCCAAAGCUACAUCUCAGCAAGCUGGUACUACCAAAUCAAUACCUCCUCAACAACCUGGAAAAACUAAACCUCAGUCUCUUGGGACAGGAAAGACAACUCAAGCUUUAGGGCCUGCAGAAGAAGAAGCUUCACAAUCAGAACAGGCAAAACCACAACUUCAGCAACGAGGUCCAACCAAAUCUCAGCCAGAUCCUGCAAAAUCAGAUCCUGCUAAAUCAGUACCACAAGGCCCAUCCAAAAUACUUUCCCAGCAACCAGGGCCUACAAAACUACCUUCCCAACAGCCAGACCCUGCAAAACCACCUGUUCAGCAGUCGGGCCCCACAAAACCUCUCACUCAGCAGCCUGGGCCAACAAAACCCCCCACUCAGCAGCCAGGGCCCUCAAAACCCCCCACUCAGCAGCCAGGGCCCUCAAAACCCCCCACUCAGCAGCCAGGGCCAACAAAACUACCCACUCCCCAGACUGGGGCUUCAAAGACCCUCACCCAGCAGCCAGGGACCACAAAACCAUCUACCCAGCAGCCUGGACCUUCAAAGACCCCCACCCAGCAGCCAGGGACCAUGAAACCUCCUGCCCAACAGUUAGGGCCCACAAAACCCCCCCCUCAACAGCCAGGACCAACAAAACCCCUUGGCCAGCAGACUACAAAACCAUCAAGCCAACAAGCAGAGCCUGGAAAACCUUUGCAACCACAAUCAACUUCAUCUCCAUCUACAGCACUGACGUCAGCACAGGUCCCCCCAAAAACCUUUUGUCCUCUUUGCACUACCACGGAACUUCUGCUACAUACUCCGGAAAAGGCCAAUUAUAAUACUUGCACUCAGUGUCAAACAACUGUCUGUAGCCUGUGUGGGUUCAGUCCGCCACAUAUAACAGAGGUUAAAGAGUGGCUUUGUUUAAACUGCCAGAUGCAAAGAGCAUUGGGUGGUGAUUUGGCCCCAGUUCCAUCAACUCCUCAGCAGAAACAGAAGGUUAGCCCUGUGGUUACAGCAUCUUCUGUGACUAAGCCAGCCCCUCCAUCCCAUCAGACUUCCCUGAAGAAAGAUGUUACCCCUAAACCAGAUCUUUCAAAGCCCCCUGAGAUUAAAAAGCCUCCGCUGCUCACGAAACAACCAUCCAUUCCAGGCUCUCCUCCAGCAAAAGCCAAGCAGCCUUCCCCAAGAGAGUCUGUAACCCAGCCAACCCCUCACCCAGAGCCUUCUCUCAAAUCUGAACAAGCCAAGGCACCAAUGGCUGAUGACAAACCCAAACAGCCAAAGAUACAGAAGCCUACAGCAGAUGUUGUGGCUUCCUCGUUAGCUGCAGCAAAACCUGAUCUCCCAGGCUCCAAAAUACAAUCACAGGUUCAGGAGAAAACAGCACAGCCUCCUAAAACCGAUUCUGCCAAAUCAACUCAAAUUAUCCCACCAGGGGGGGAUAAAGAAGUCCCACCUGAUUCUAAAGGCCCAUCACGUACUCCAUCUGAUUCCAAACUCAUUUCACAACCUGGUGUGAUUUCAGAGAGUAAAAGUCAAAAACAAGUUGAUCCAAUUCAAAAGAAGGAAGACCCUAAGAAAGCACAAACCAAAAUGAGCCCCAAGCCAGCCAAGCAAAUGCCAAAAGGAUCUCCUACUCUCCCAGGCACAAAGCCUAGUCCUGGACAACCCACACCUAUACCCCAGCAGCCCCCAAAGACUCAAGAGCAUUCAAGAAGGUUCAGUCUUAAUCUGGGAAGUAUCACAGAUGCCCCCAAAUCACAGCCCACAACUCCCCAAGAGACGGUGACUGGAAAACUAUUUGGAUUUGGAGCAUCUAUCUUUAGCCAGGCAUCAAAUUUAAUUUCCACAGCUGGCCAAGCAGGAACUCAAGCACAAGGUAUGCCAGGGGCUCCAACCAAACAACCCCCUCCUCCUCCACAUCCACCUGUGUCUCAGGUACCGCCUAAGCCCACCAGUCAAAUUCUACAAACAGUUCCUAAAACCACACCUGUUAAAAAGGACACAAAAACUCCAAUUGCUGAAAAAACUGAGGUGCCUAAAAUUGAACAGGUUGCCCCAGUCAAAGGCACAGAAUCAGAAAAGAAGCCUCUUCCCACAAAGGACAGCAAACCUCAACUGGUAGAACCACAAAAGGCUACUGGCACUCUGGAAUCAGAAAAGCCCACCAAGCCAAAAUCUACUUGCCCCCUUUGUAAAACUGGCUUAAAUGUGGGCUCUAAGGAUCCUCCCAACUUUAAUACUUGUACAGAAUGCAAGAAUGUGGUGUGCAAUCUCUGUGGAUUUAACCCAACGCCACACUUAACUGAGGUUCAAGAAUGGCUAUGUUUAAACUGCCAGACCCAGAGAGCAAUAUCAGGACAACUUGGGGAUAUGGGCAAAAUGCCACCUUCAGUCUCACCUCUUUCUUCAGAGAUGGUACAGAAACCAGCAGCUGUACCUCAGAGUCAGCCUCCAGUGACAGAGCAAAUAUCCCUCAAAACAUCUUCAAUGCCUGUCCAAGUGACAGAAAAAAAGAAAGAACAAGAAGCACAAAAAGAAGAUGAAAAAGGAAAAGAAAUACCUUCACUUGAAAAGAAGCCCCCAUUGAUAAGCACAGAUGAAAAGCAUGAGGAAAGCAAAUUGAAAGACAAGAUUAUAGACCCUGAUGAUUUGGGAAAAAAGCCCAAAGAGGAACAGUUGCAAGAGAUAAAGAAACCUGAGGUACCAGCUGCUAAAGAGAAAGCCUUAGACCAGGUAUCUCUUAAGGAAGUACAUGAGGAAAAACAAGCCAAGCCCAAGACAGAGGAUUCAGCGCCUGGAAUUCCCCAGACUCUGCCCAAAGAAGAGGAGAAGACCCAGAAAAGAGAUGCCAGGCCGCAGUCAACACCAUCAGUGAAACCUGAUAAGGUGGAAACAGUGAAAGAAAAAACAGAAAAGGAAGAGGACAAAUCAGAUACAUCAAGUUCUCAGCAACAGAAAAGCCCUCAAGGUCUGAGUGACACAGGAUAUUCUUCUGAUGGAAUAUCAGGUUCCCUUGGUGAAAUUCCAAGUCUUAUCCCAGGUGAUGAAAAGGAUUUGCCACAAGAACUCAAAAAAGAUUCUCAUUCUCAAGAAAGUAGUCCUACAAGUCCUUCAGAUCUAGCAAAGUUAGAAAGUACUGUUCUGUCCAUUUUGGAAGCUCAAGUGAAUUCACUUGUUGAAGAAAAAUCAGAAAAGAAAAAAGAAUUAUAUGGUGGGCUUUCUGAGCAGCCCAGAGAUGAACAGAAAACCAAGGAUUUUCCUGUCAUACUGGAAUCUUAUAGUUCAGAAGAAGAAGAAGAAGAGCUCAAGGAAGUUCAAGAAGAAAAGAAAGAUAUCCUUGUAAAAGGUGAUAAAGAAAAUAUUCCUUCCAUAAAGGCCCUCAGAGAAAAAGCUGACUUUGUAGAUGAUGUGAUGGCUAGAAGGCAGCGUUAUGAUUCACUAGAAGACAGCAGUGAAAGUGAAAACUCCCCUGUCUCAAGAAGGAAAAGAAGAACUAGUAUUGGUUCAUCAAGCAGCGAUGAGUAUAAGCAGGAAGAUAGUCAAGCAUCAGGUGAUGAUGAAGACUUCAUUAGAAAACAGAUCAUAGAAAUGAGUGCUGAUGAAGAUGUCUCUGGUUCAGAUGAUGAUGAUUUCAUCAGGAAACAACUCAAAGAAAUCAGUAUUAGUGAGAGCCAGAAGAAGGAAGAAACAAAAGGCAAGGGGAAAGGGCUAAUUGGGAAGCAUAGGCGACUCACCAGAAAAAGUAGUACCAGCUUUGAUGAAGAUGCAGGGAGACGCCAUUCCUGGCAUGAUGAAGAUGAUGAGACAUUUGAUGAGAGCCCAGAACUAAAAUAUAGAGAAACCAAAAGUCAGGAGAGUGAAGAACUCACUGUUACUGGUGGAGGAGGUCUUAGAAGGUUCAAAACCAUUGAAUUAAAUAGCACAGUCACUGAUAAAUACCCUGAAGACUCUGUGCAAAAGAAAGCAAGUUUAUAUUUUGAUGAAGAACCAGAACUUGAAAUGGAAAGUCUUACUGAUUCACCAGAAGAUAGAUCACGAGGAGAAGGAUCAUCUAGUCUGCAUGCUUCCAGUUUCACACCUGGCACAUCUCCCACAUCAGUGUCAUCUCUCGAUGAGGAUAGUGACAGUAGUCCUAGCCACAAAAAGGGAGAGAGCAAGCAGCGUAAAUCUAGACACCGAUCACAUGGCCCUCUUCUUCCUACUAUUGAAGAUUCUUCAGAAGAAGAAGAGAUGAGGGAAGAAGAAGAAUUAUUAAAAGAGCAAGAAAAACAACGUGAAUUAGAACAGCAGCAAAGAAAGAGUUCCAGUAAAAAAUCAAAGAAGGACAAAGAUGAACUUCGGGCUCAAAGAAGAAGAGAAAGGCCAAAAACACCACCCAGCAAUCUCUCUCCAAUUGAAGAUGCAUCUCCUACAGAAGAAUUACGUCAGGCUGCAGAGAUGGAGGAGUUGCAUAGAUCCUCUUGCUCUGAAUAUUCACCAAGCAUAGAAUCAGACCCAGAAGGGUUUGAAAUUAGCCCAGAAAAAAUAAUAGAAGUGCAAAAAGUUUAUAAAUUGCCCACAGCUGUUUCUUUAUAUUCUCCAACAGAUGAACAAUCUAUUGCAAUUCAAAAAGAAGGUGGCCAAAAGGUAUUAAAAAGUGCUGAGGAAAUGUAUGAAGAAAUGAUGCAUAAAUCCCACAAAUCAAAAGCAUUUCCAGUUUCAACAGAAAAAGAUGAAGUGUUUGAGAAGGAGCCAUUAUAUGGUGGAAUGCUAAUAGAGGAUUAUAUUUAUGAAUCUCUGGUAGAAGAUACAUACAAUGUUGCUGUUGAUAGCAGUCUAUUAACAAGACAAGAUGAAGGUAGUGAAUUUAUUCAGCCAGGAGGGAGAGAGAGAAAAAUGAGACUUCCAGAGGAAACCUAUGAAGAUCCUAUGCAGAAAAUCUCAGAUUUGCAGAAAGAAUUUUAUGAGCUAGAGAGCUUACACUCUAUGGUGCCUCAAGAAGAUAUUGUAUCAAGCUCAUUUAUCAUCCCUGAGAGUCAUGAAAUUGUGGAUCUAGGUACUAUGGUAACAUCAACAAGUGAAGAAAAACAGUUAUUAGAUGCAGAUGCAGCCUAUGAGGAACUCAUGAAGAGACAACAAAUGCAGCUAACCCCAGGGUCUAGUCCAACUCAACCAGCCACUGAGCAUGAUAUAACAGAGCCUACAGUAGACUUUGACAGGAUGCCUGAUACCUCACUGACAUCUAGUAUUCUCUCAGGAGCCUCACUCACAGACUCAACUAGUAGUGCGACACUUUCUAUCCCAGACGUGAAAAUAACACAGCACUUUUCGCCAGAGGAAAUAGAGGAUGAAUAUAUAACUGAUUAUACCAGAGAAAUUCAAGAGAUAAUUGCCCAUGAAUCAUCAAUUUUAGCAUACUCUGAGCCCUCAGAAAGUGCAACAUCUGUGCCACCAUCCGACACGCCUUCUCUUACAUCAUCUAUUUCAUCAGUUUGUACAACAGAUAGCUCCUCACCUAUUACUGCACCAGAAACCACAACUGCAGUUUUUACAGAUACGGUGGACCAACUAGCUAAAUUUCAGGAUUCUGAAAAGAUUCCAUCAUUACCUCCCUUUCCAGUAGACACAAAAGUGUAUUCAGGAAUAGUUGUAUCUUUAGAUCAGACUGCCCAACCCCCUCCUAAAACAAUUGUUGAUCAUGUCGCAAUUUCUCUUCCUGAUCUUCCACUGUCUGUCACAGUACCUGAAGAAGCCAAACCGAAGCAGUCUAUUUCUGACUCUUUUUCUGUUGAUUCAUCUGUGUCUGAAAAAGAAGACACAGUAAGGAAAACUAAGAGUAAAAAUGGAAAUGGUGUCAUGCUGGAAACUUACAAAGAUAAAAGUAAGGCACCUGUACCUUCACUACGUAGAAUUAGCUCUGUAGAUUCGGUGUCUGCUCAACCACCUCCAAGUACCACUGCAGUUCCAGUUAGUGAUCAAAUGUCAACAAUUUCUUCUAUGUCUAGAGAGGUGACAGAUACUGUAUCACAAUUGCCAUCUUUGACUUCUUCAGUUCCUGCUGUGACACCUAGAGCACCUCUUCUUUGGAGAAGUUAUUCUUUGGAUUCAUCUGCCCAACCCCCGCCUGCUCCUCUUCCUCCCCCUCCUCCUCCCCCUCCUCCUCCUCCUCCACCACCUCCUCCACUUCCCCCACCAACUCCUCCUAAACCUGCUAUUUAUCCUAAGAAGAAGUCUUUGAAAGCUCCUGCAGUGACAUCAGCUGCUGUUGUACCUUCAGUUGACACUGUUGCUCCUGUGGAGUCUGCUGCUAUCCCAAGGAACAAUGUGAUACCUGUAACAAAAGCAUACACUCCUGCACCACCUCCUGUUCCACCUAAGCCGUCUUUAAUUCCAUCAGGACUUGUAUUUACUCACAGGUCUGUUGAGGGAAUCAAACCUCCAAUUGCUCCUAAACCAGCCAUCCCUCAGCCUCCAAUAACUACACAGAUGCCAGUGGAUACACAUCCCAAACCAACAGGUUUAUCCUUAACUUCCAGUAUGACAUUGAAUUUAGUGACUUCAGCCGAUUACAAACUGCCAUCCCCUACAUCCCCCUUGUCUCCACAUUCCAACAAGUCGUCACCGAGGUUUUCCAAAUCAUUGAUGGAGACUUAUGUUGUUAUAACAUUGCCUUCUGAACCAGGAACUCCAACAGAUUCUUUAACUAGUCAGGCAGUGACCAGCUGGCCUUUGGGAUCACCUUCUAAGGAACUGGUUUCUCUGGAGCCUGUAUUUACUACAGUUCUUCCUGUGACAAGUGUGGAGGUUCAGAGCAUAUCAGAUAAGAGCCUGUAUUCCUCAGGUGCUUUACAGACUCUGUAUGCUGCCCCAGUCGUGACACAGUCUCCGUUCCAUAUAGUCCCAGAUUCAGUAACUCCAUUACUAUCGAGUAAAGUGACCAAAACUGUGGUUUCAUCAGUAGACAGCACAAUUCCUAGUGUUGAUUCAAGUAGUGUUUCUAUAACGAUUCCUCCAGAGCCCAUGCCUCAAGAACCCUUAGCGUUAGAGAAACCAAGCUAUAAAGAAAAUGGAAAGUUUCAACUCUUUGGGGAUGUUAUUGAUCUACGUACAGUACCAAAGGUUGGUGGUGAAAUACUUGGAAGCUGCAUGGAUCUGUCUGCUGCUCCGAUGGAUGUGAGAAGGCAGACCACAGCAAGUGAGGCUUAUGGCAGACAAAUCAGCACAGUUAAACCUGCUAUCAUAAACCUCAGUGCAACAUCAUCGGUAGUGACACCACUAGCCCUGGUCACAGAAACUAUGGCUGUUGUGACAUGUACAACUAGCAUAAGUUAUACCACAAGCACAGAAAGCUUGGUUGGGGCAGAUCAUUCUAUGAUGACACCACUUCAGUUAACAACAUCAAAACAUACUGAGCCUAUGUACAGAAAAACAAGUGUCCCAGUCUUCCCCACACUAAGGGAGGAAGCACCAAUAAACUUAUCUCUAAGUACUGCUGCCCAUGCAGUAACACUGCCUACCACCAAACCUAUCACUGCAUCUCCACCUAGUGUUACAAAUGGAUGGGCUGAUCUCUCCACAUCUCAGGGGCCUCAAGAUGGUGGUGCAGUGGAUCUCAGCACUACAAAGUCUCACCGAACUGUAGUCACAGUGGAUGAGUCUACUUCAGGUGUGGUGACUACUGUCAUAGAAGAUGAUGAGAAACCAGUGGAUUUGACUGCAGGGAGAAGAGCGGUUUGCUGCGAUGUUGUUUAUAAGUUACCAUUUGGAAGAAGCUGUACAACACAACAGCCUGCAACCACUCUUCCAGAAGAUCGUUUUGGUUACAGGGAUGAUCACUACCAGUAUGAUCGGUCAGGACCGUAUGGUUAUAGAGGAAUUGGAGGCAUGAAGCCUUCCAUGUCUGACACAAACUUAGCAGACACUGGAGUUUUUCUUUAUAAGAGUAAGAAUACCUUUGAUUAUACUGGAGGGGCUGAUACAGCAGUAGAUCUAACUUCUGGAAGAAUAACUACAGGUGAGGUAAUGGAUUAUUCAAGCAAGACCACAGGUCCCUAUCCUGAGACUCGACAAGUUAUUUCAGGCACUGGGAUUAGUGCACCACAGUAUUCAACAGCAAGAAUGACCCCUCCACCAGGAUCCCCAUAUGGCAUGGGCAGUGUUUUGAGAGCUUCUAAUGGUGUAGUCUAUUCUUCGGUAGCAACUCCAAUCCCUUCUACAUUUGCUAUCACUACUCAGCCUGGCUCUAUUUUCAGCACCACUGUGAGAGAUUUGUCUGGCAUUCAUACAACUGACGCAAUAACAGCUUUGCAGCAGACCCAGCCGUUACCUAGAUCAUAUGGUUUCCUAACAACGGGAGCAUCUGACAAGGAUGGUUCUGUGGCUGCUAUAGAUAUUGAAACAAGCUUGCAAACACUGGCUGCAGAAAGUCUCACUGCCGAGGCCAUUGAAGUGAUUCCCACUUUGACCACAGCAUCUGAGGUGUUUCCUGAAGUCCUGGGAGAUGACAGUGCUCUUGUCGUUGGGACUGAAGAAGAGAAGCAGCAGCAGCUUGAUUUGGAACGGGAGCUCCUGGAACUUGAGAAAAUUAAGCAGCAGCGCUUUGCCGAGGAGUUGGAGUGGGAACGACAGGAAAUACAAAGAUUCCGAGAGCAGGAGAAGUUUAUGGUUCAAAAGAAACUGGAAGAACUGCAAUCUAUGAAGCAGCACCUCCUCUUACAGCAGGAAGAAGAGAGGCAAGCUCAGUUUAUGAUGAGGCAGGAAACAUUGGCGCAGCAACAACUACAGCUCGAGCAAAUCCAGCAGCUUCAGCAGCAGCUUCACCAGCAGCUAGAAGAGCAAAAGAUCCGCCAGAUCUACCAAUAUAACUAUGAUCCUUCUGGAACAUCCUCACCACAAACUACUGCCGAACAAGCAAUUCUUGAAGGUCAGUAUCCAGCAGUAGAGAGAAGCCAGUUUUGGUCCACUGAAGAUGUCACCACCACAGCUUCAGCUGUAGUGGCCAUUGAAAUCCCGCAGAGCCAAGGUUGGUACACGGUUCAAUCCGAUGGUGUUACUCAAUACAUUGCUCCACCUGGCAUACUGACUACUGUUUCUGAUAUGCCUCUAACUGAUGUUGUUGUGAAGGAUGAAAAGCAACUUAAAAAGAGGACUUCUGGAGCUAAGCUGCGUGGCCAGUAUGAUGAGCUUGAUGAAACUGGGGGUGAAGAUCCCCGGUGUUUUAAAAAAAUAGUAGACAGUGGAGUACAAACUGAUGAUGAAGAUGGAGCAGAUAGAAGUUAUACCAAUCGGAGAAGGAGAAGUAAAAAGAGUGUGGAUACCAGUGUCCAGACUGAUGAUGAAGAUCAGGAUGAGUGGGAUAUGCCCAGUAGAUCACGGAGAAAAUCACGUCCUGGGAAAUAUAGUGAUGGCACACCUGAAAUUGACAAGACUAAACCCCUUUCCAAGGUGUCUAGUAUAGCAGUCCAAACAGUGGCAGAAAUAUCAGUGCAGACUGAACCAGUUGGGACCAUAAGAACACCUUCCGUACGUGCUCGAGUGGAUGCAAAAGUUGAAAUAAUCAAACACAUUUCAGCUCCUGAAAAGACAUAUAAAGGUGGAAGUUUAGGAUGUCAAACAGAGGCGGACCCCGAUGCACAGAGUCCUCAGUAUUUGAGUGCCACAUCUUCACCCAAAGACAAGAAACGUCCAACACCUUUAGAAAUAGGUUAUUCGUCUCAUCUUCGGGCAGAUUCCACACUACAGCUAGUACCAUCCCCACCAAAAUCCCCAAAGGUCCUUUAUUCACCCAUUUCUCCAAUUUCACCAGGCAAAGCCUUAGAAUCAGCCUUUGUACCUUAUGAAAAACCCAUCACUGAUGAUAUCAGCCCUCAGAAAAUAUUGCACCCAGACAUGGCAAAGGUUCCACCAGCAAGCCCAAAGACUGCAAAAAUGAUGCAGAGGUCAAUGUCUGACCCGAAGCCUUUGAGUCCAACAGCAGAAGAGAAUUCCAGAGUGCAUUUUCAGUACACAGAGGGCUACUUGACCAAAGGUUCUCAGACCAUGACAGCUUCCGGCACCCAGAAGAAAGUAAAGAGGACAUUACCAAAUCCACCUCCUGAAGAAACUUCCUCAGGGACCCCAUCAGCAUAUAGCACCAUGGGUUCCGUUUCGCGAAGAAGAAUCUGCAGAACUAAUACAAUGGCAAGAGCCAAAAUCCUCCAGGAUAUAGAUAGAGAACUUGACCUUGUGGAAAGGGAAUCAGCAAAGCUCAGGAAGAAGCAAGCUGAAUUGGAUGAGGAAGAAAAAGAGAUUGACGCAAAGUUACGGUACUUGGAAAUGGGAAUCAACAGAAGAAAAGAAGCGCUUUUAAAGGAAAGAGAAAAGAGAGAGAGAGCCUACCUCCAGGGAGUAGCUGAGGACCGUGAUUAUAUGUCUGAUAGUGAAGUAAGUAGCACUAGGCCAACCCGAAUAGAAAGUCAGCAUGGUUUGGAAAGACCAAGAACUGCACCCCAAACUGAAUUCAACCAAUUUAUGCCCCCCCAAACACAGCCAGAAUCUCAGUUAGUUCCACCAACAAGUCCUUACACCCAGUAUCAGUUCACCUCUCCUGCUCUUCCUACACAAGCACCAACUCAGUAUACCCAACAGUCUCCUUACCAACAGCAGCCUUUAUACCAUCAGCAGGUUUCCCCAUAUCAGACCCAACCCACCUUCCAAACUGUGGCGACAAUGUCCUUCACACCACAAACACAGCCUCCACCGACUCCACAGCCUUCAUAUCAACUCCCAUCCCAGAUGAUGGUGAUACAGCAAAAGCCACGGCAAUCUACAUUGUAUUUGGAACCUAAAAUAACCUCUAAUUAUGAGGUCAUUCGAAACCAACCCCUGAUGAUAGCACCGGUUUCCACUGAGAAUACUUAUGCGGUUUCCCACCUUGGUAGUAAGUAUAAUAGUUUAGACUUAAGAAUAGGUUUAGAGGAAAGAAACAGCAUAGCAGGCAGUCCAAUUUCAAGCAUAUCAGCAGAUUCUUUCUAUGCAGAUAUAGAACAUCACACACCACGGAAUUAUCUCUUAAUUGAUGAUAUUGGUGAACUUACUAAGGGUACAGCAGCCCUGAGCACUGCAUUUAGCCUUCAUGAUAAGGAUCUGACAAAAACUGACCGCCUCCUUCAAACAACAGAGGCACGCAGAACUCAAGAAGUUACAGAUUUUCUGGCACCUUUACAGACUUCUUCUAGACUGCAUUCCUAUGUAAAAGCAGAUGAAGACCCAAUGGAUGAUCCCUAUGAGCUGAAACUUCUGAAACAUCAAAUCAAGCAGGAAUUCCGUCGUG